AUCAUCAGAGAUAAGAAACCACACUCCAACGCUACAAACAAAGAUAUGUGAUGAUGAGCCAUCCCAAAACAAAGUUCGGGAGGCAUUAAGUAAGGAUGGAGCUGAAUAUUUGUCAACAAAUAACCGAAAGAUUUAAAUCAAUAAAGGUUCAAUGCUUUGCUGCUCGACUUCCUUUUGUAGUGGUUGGAACGGUGGAUUCGAGGAUAAUCUAUGGAACCAUUCAAGGGUCAUUGUUCUCGAUGAAAUUGCCGACCAUGCCAUUCUUAGUCACUGUGGGACAAUGUGAGCAACAAACUCCAGUCAUCUGUUUUUGCUCCCUAGAUGGGAACAUGGGAUUUUUGUUCCCAAAAGGAGAGGACGAUGAUAUCGUAUACACAGAUGUCCUUCAAGGGGCUAGAAUAACCCAAUUUCAUAGCAAAGAAACUGAUUUAUUUGUAGGAACCUCCCAAGGAACCGUUACCAUUUUUGAUAUCAAGAAGAAGGAUUCUAUUAACUCGAAAAGAAUUCUGGAGCUUGAUUCCAAAGUUGUCCAAAUAUCCACUCUUGGAAGCUUGACUUUGGUAUCCACGGAGACUCGUUCAAUCGUUUGUAAUUCUCAAAAUAAGUCAUUCCGCGAAGUGGGAUCCAAGUCCAGACAGGGUCGUUACGGCGCGGGGUUUGCGCACUGUUCAAUAAUAUGUUCUCGUCCAGGAUCCCGACUUUGGAUAGCUUCAUAUGAGGGUUUCGUUGAAAAAACUCUCCAGUUCAAACCAUGCCUGACAGCCACUGAGCCCUUCAAGACCAUCGAGAGUGAUUGUCCUGAUGUGGCAAGCUCCACGCAGACGAUCCAUGCGUUUGGAAAAAUCAUUCCUAUUCAUGGACGACUAAUCUUAACGUACAGCAUUCACAACAUUUACCUGAUCAACCUUGACAUUCCGAACGAAAUUGAGUGGAUUUUACACAAGGAUAAGUUGACCGAUGUCCAAGUGCAUGGCGAACAAUUGUGGAUUUUGUCCCGUGGUAGACUCAGCUGCUUCGACUUUCAAACGGAAUUUGAAGUGGACCCAUCUCCAAUUACCAUCAGUGACGUUAGUGCAAUCGCCAGUGAUAAUGAUGUUCCAGAUACUAGAGAAGAAUCAAGUCAGAGGGAUCCCCCACGACAAGUACUUCAUCCACGAGCCUCCAAAUUUCUCCAGGGAUCGCUGAGAGCGUCAAGACAAAUCAGCAUCUCGGAUGACAACAUUUCCAAGAGUGUUGGUCAAAAUGUUGACCUUCCAGAAUUAGGUUAUCUUGAUUUAUUCAACGAAGCAGCAGCCAAUACUCGCACCUUGGCCGAGAGCAAGUUGCGCCUUCACCUCAAUGGGCCUUGGUUGGAAAACACCUUGAAGCGAUUUCCAAUCAUCGACCACGAGAUGGUACGAAGCUCAUUUGACAAUGACGAUAGGUUGAAAGUUAAGCGACUAGGCACUCAGAUGCAAGAACUGGCGGAAUUUCUCCUUUCUUAUGACGAAGAAACUCUUAAUUUGGAUUCUGACUUCAUUGCUAGAUCCGAGGAAAUGCGACAAAUUUAUCGAGAAAUCUCUGACAUUGCCUCGAACUUAAACGGAAAUUAUUCUCGGGAUUGGAAGCAUGUACCCGAAGAACACGUCCAAGAGGUGAUCGAGUUCAUGGCUAAAAAUGAAUUUACUCAUUUCAUGUCGUGUCUUGAGGAUUUUGCUCCAUGCAUUUCUAUGUCAAGAUUGUUAGACGUUUUGCCUCCGAAAGAUGAAGAAGCUUGGAAUUUCGUGGUUGCUUAUAAUCUUGAUGAAAUGCGGAAAAGGUUCAGCCAGAUCCAUUUGAGCAAACGGAGUGAGGAAGUAUUUGCUCUGGUCCAAGACGAGCUCAUGAUCCCCAAAGGACCCUCAAGUGAGAAGCGAUUGAAACUGCUACAAUAUUUAUCGCUCACUGGACAAGUGAGCAUUCAUUUGUUUGGGCUGGUUUAUUCCAAUGGCCCAGUGGCCCUUUUGAAAUUUUAUGAUCUAAUCUAUUUGUAUGGAUUUCUAACCGAUACGGAAAAAGAUCAUGAACUGUCCACUCUCUUUGUUGGAAUCAUAUCGGACAAAAUUGAGGAAAUGGAAGAAACUGACGCGAUCCGACAAUUCUUUGCUCAAUAUCAACAACGAGACAAGUAUUUGAACCUUCUGAAGGAACUGUUCCAGAAGCACUGCCAUUCUAGUAAUUUGUCUUCAUUGGGACAUGCCCUUCUGGAACUGGAGUUGGAUUUGAAUGAAAAAUUGGCGUUUUGCAAAAAGGCCAAAUUCAAGACCGGAUACAUAAAGACUCUAUCGAAUAUGUCCAUGGAACAAAGGUGGAACGAACUGGAAUUCUUAUUUACGCAAGAAGAUGUUAAGCUCCUGACCUAUUUGGGACUAACCAGUUGUUACCACAAUUGCUCAAGGGUUAUUGACUUCAAGUUGAGCAAUGAGGCAAUGCCAAUCUCGUGGGACGACAUCGGGCUUGAAAUCAUAAAAUGCCUUGGAGUUCGGCAAGGCAAAAAAUUAUUGAUGACCAAGAGUAAUCGUAUGGGAAAAGGCACCUUUUCGGCUGGAUUCUACAGGCGUAUGCUCAACACGGAGUUGCAAGACUAUGAUCAAGAUUGUAAAUAAAAGAAGAGACUGUAAACUAAUGUUUUGUACUUUUUUAAUGUCGUUCAUGUACAUUCAGUCACUCAUAUUUUAAACCACUAACUAAAUCAAUCAAAGAGCCACUUGACAAUAACAAGGGAAUAA